UUUAAUUUUAUGUUUAUAAAUAAAAUGAACUGAAUAUUUGAAUUCUAAAAAAAUGGAUUCAAGAAGUAUUAUAAAGUCAAGUUAUUAUAGCCAAAGUGAUAGAGAAGUGAAAAGGUAUUUUAAUAAGAAAUUUAUAUUUCGAGGACCAUGGACUUUACCACAAAAGGCCUAUCAGGAACAUAUAGUAAACAUUGAAGAUUUUUUAGACAUGAAAAACAAGCUUAACGAAGUCAAAUCACAAUUAAAUGACUUACCAUUAGAGGAAUGGUCAAAAUUUACGAAAUACAGAGACCCUUCAGGUUCAGUAAUUCGCUCUUUAAGACAAUUUGAACCAGAAAUAUUAACCCAAGCUUGGUGUAAGUUCUACGAGAUCCUAUCACAAUUUCAAAUGCUGCCUGAAAGUCAAUUAUUUGCCACAAAUGAACCACUUCAAACACUCCAUCUUUGUGAAGCCCCUGGGGGGUUUAUUUCUGCUCUGAAUCACUUUUUAGCUAAAAAUUAUCCCAAACUACAGUGGAAAUGGACAGGAUUUACAUUGAAUCCUUUCCAUGAGGGCUUAUCUAUAUCUGAAAUGAUCCCUGAUGACAGACUUAUUCGUUAUACUCCACAAAAUUGGAAAUUUGGUCUUGACAGUACGGGAGAUAUAACACAAUAUUAUAAUUACUUGUCUCUUGUUAAGGAAAUGGAAGGACAGAAGAUAGGCUUAGUGACAGCUGAUGGAAGUAUAGACUGCAUGUUUAAACCUGAAGAACAGGAAUCUAUUGUACAUUUUAUUCAUUACUGUGAGAUAAUAACAGCUUUAUCUGUGUUAUCAGAAGGGGGCAAUUUUGUAAUCAAAAUGUUUACAAUGUUUGAACAACCCACCAUAUCUUUGGUCUAUCUGUUAAAUUGUUCAUUUAGAGAGGUCACAGUCUACAAACCAUGUACAUCGAAACAUGGAAAUUCAGAAGUAUAUAUUCUUUGUAGGUUUUAUAAUGGAAAAGAACACUUAAAGGACCUCUGGUCCUCCUUAAAAGAGGCCUACCAAAAUCCAAACGAUUUCAACGAUCUCGCUCUUUUCACGUGGGACGACAUGGGACCAGACUACUUGCACCAAAUCAGACAACUUUGUCAAUAUUUCAUGGAUAUGCAAGUUAGGACCAUCAACGACAAUUUGAACAAUUUUGGAAAGAACCACCGAUGUACCAGGACGAACAGGAUUAAAUAUUUAGUAGCCGAUUAUUUUCUAUCAAAUUUUGGCGUAGUGAAACUAGAAAAUGAUAGGAAAAUUAUACAUCCUUCGUUUUUUGAGCAAGUGACGCAAGAAAAACGUUUCUGCUUUCAUAACAGGUUUUGGAGGUACAAACCAGAGUGGAAAUUUUCGGAAAAUUACCAUUCACUGUCUAAUUUGCAUUUAGAGACUGAGCGACGUGAUUUGUUAAACAUAGAUGUAGGAAAAGCUGUUACUAAAGUUCUUUAA